ACAACAACAAAAUGUCAAGGACGAAUGUCAAAUAAAAGAGUAAAUACAUGUUCAUAUAAGGUUUUUAAUUCACGCGCAUUGAAGAUUAUUUAAUCAGCUGCAAAUGUUGCAGUAGUAGACAUGGCUUUGAAUUCGCCAGUGAAGCGUCGUUUAUCGAGCGUCAGUUACGAAGUAGGGGCAAUAUUAAGUGGCAGAGCGGGAUCUACUCAGAUAAAUGACAACAGAAUCAGUGGGUUGGAGGAAUCAACCCCAGAAAAGGAUCUCAAAAAAGAACUAGACGAGCAAUAUGCCGUCUUGAAACGUCAAAUACUGCAGUACCAAAGUGUUACCUUGGGGUUAUUUCCCAGAAUAGGCACAUACAUUAACCCCUCCAAGAUUGGUUCAGUUCGGGACAGUAUAUACUGUGCUGCAGCAGCCUGGGCCCUGUCUCAAGCCUUCAGGCGCAUUGACAACGAUGGUGGUCGGACACAUGAGCUGGCCCAGAUAGCAGUGAAGUGCAUGCGAGGCAUCUUGCAUUGCUGGCUGCUUCAGGCGGACAAGGUGGAGAAGUUCAAAGAGAACCAGUCGGCAGACCACGCACUUCACAGUCAGUUUAACCUGCAGACAGGGGACCCAGUCUUCAAGGAUGACGAGUUUGAGCAUCUGCAGAUAGACGUUGUAGCACUCUACAUACUGUUCCUUGUGCAGAUGAUCACAUCAGGCCUACAGAUAAUCUUCACAACAGACGAGGUGACGUUUGUCCAGAACCUUGUGUUCUACGUGGAGCGGGCCUAUCGCACGCCUGACUAUGGCAUGUGGGAACGAGGCAGCAAGUAUAACAUUGGCUUCACUGAGGUCCAUGCAAGUUCGAUAGGCAUGGCAAAGGCAGCAUUGGAAGCGGUCAAUGGGGUGAACCUCUUCGGAGACCAGGGGGCGUCCUGGUCUGUGAUAUUUGUGGACAUCGAUGCACACAACAGAAACAGGACUAUAUUUGAGAGCAUUCUACCAAGGGAAUCUAAUUCCAAGAACACGGAUGCCUCAUUGUUGGCGACAGUGGGCUGGCCUGCCUUUGGGAUCCAUGAGGAACCAAUAAGGUCAAGGACAAUAUCCAAGGUCAUACGAAAGCUGACCGGUCAAAAGGGCAUGAAGCGAUUCAUACGAGAUGGCUACAAAACGGUGGUUGAAGAUAAGACACGAAAGUUUUACAAACCAGCAGAGAUCAAGAAUUUUGAUGGUAUUGAGUGUGAAUGGCCGAUGUUCUAUGUUUACCUUCUGAUGGAUUGCAUUUUCCAAGGGGACAAAGAGGGAGCUGCCAAGUAUUCCAAGCUUAUAGAAAGUGUAGUGACCAGAUCUAAUGAAGGUGUGUUGAUGCCUCAGUACUUCUUCAUUGAUGCUGACCACAUUAACCACGAGAAGGCGUGUCCUGGGACUGGAAGGCGUAUCCCUAGCGACGCAGGCUCCACCAAUGGCGUCUUCCUAUGGGGACAGGCCGUGUACUUCAUAUCACAACUACUUGUGAAAGAUCUUCUGAAUAUUAACGAUCUUGACCCUAUCAGACGACAUUUACCCGCCUCGGAAAGACCAAAAGUCAACAGUCGAUACUCGUCUUUCCAGGAGGCCAGAAGUGUAAGACCAUCGAAGAACAUACGAAUCACGCCGCCUGACCUGGUGCUGCAGAUCGUGUUGAUAGCGGAGAGUUCACGUCUUCAGCAGCUGCUCGCCACUUAUGGAAUACAAACACAGACCCCACAUCAGAUUGAGCCGAUACAGAUCUGGUCCCCCAAGGAGCUGUCCAAGGCCUAUGAAUACCUUGGCAUCAACAAAAAACUUGGUCUGACUGGACGACCCAAACGACCAUUUGGUGUUCUCAGUACUUCCAAGAUUUACCGGGCCUGCGGUGCUACUGUGCUGUGUUACCCGCUGUUGUUUGAGGUCACAGAUUUCUAUAUGGCCCAGGACAUAAGUAUUGUAAUCGAUGAUUUGAAGAAUGAUCUGGCCUUCUUAUCCAAAUGCUGGAAGCUGGCCGGCCGGCCCACCUUCUGUAUGCUGAUACGGGAAAACAACAUACGAGGCCAGAACUUCAGUGAGUUCCUGGACCUGCUUGCUCAGUUCAAGAGUGGAGACGUGGACGGGAUACGUGUAAGAGUGGGUCGCCUACAGACCCUGAUAUCAUCAGCAUGCGUCGAGCACCUUGACUUCCUGUCACAGCUGCCUGACCAGUCAGUGUUUGAGUGCUUUGAGCAGUCUAACCACGGCCACUACAGCUUCAAGAGUCUGACGGAUAUACCCACCAUUGCUGACAUAGCAGACCAGACCACUCUAGAUGAAGCUGACCUCAAGGUGAAGGCCACGUGGGAUCUGAUCCAGACAUACAAGGCCACAGAGUCUCUGCAGGCACAGAGUCAGAUCCUCAAACUGCUACUAUACAGAGAGGGUCUGAACUACCAUUUUGAGGGGCUCCCGGUCAGCCGUAGAUUGGAUAUGUUGGUCACGAAGGCGGGGCUUCACAAACAGUGGGGCGUGGUCAGACUGUGCUCCGCCCUCCAAGGAAAGCUGGUAGACAGCCUGGCCCCGUCCAUCACUAGUAUACUGGUCAGGGGAAAACAUCUUACUGUGGGUGUGUUUGGUCACGAGGAGGAGGUUCUAGACAAGCCUGUGUCGCCCAAUGAGAUCAAGGCAAUCCUGUACAACAAGUGUCUGCCCCACGACAUCUGCCAGGCCGUCCUGCAGCAGGAGCUCAUACUGGCCAUCGGCAAACACAUCGCCACCGUACCUGAACAGUAUGAUGGCAUACUGAAGAUUCGUAUUGGGUGGUUUGUACGUGCCAUGGAGAUGGAGUUGGAACAGGAAGAGGAAAGUGUAAGCGUGACCUCGUUAUCUCCGUAUCAGGUGAAGCAGCUACUCAUGAGCAUCAUCAAUGUUCACCAGAGCGAUGAUUACGAGGUUCGAAGCCCUCUUCAGCGUCGCCAGCUCGACGGCGCCCUCAGUCGAGUGCCAAAGGACUUUUACGAGCGGGUGUGGGAGAUUCUGGAACGAACACCCGGUGGCAUCAAAGUGGCUGGAUACCUCCUGCCUCAGCAACCCACACUGUCGGACAUGACGAUGCAGGAGCUAAACUUCUCCCUGCUCGUGGAGCAGAUGUUGAGUAAGAUCAUCGACCCUGCGUACCGCCAGCUCAUGGUCGAGGCUUUCAUGGUCGUGUCCACCAUCCUGCAACGAAACCCUGAACUGGUCUUCCAUCAGUCUGUCAACAUGGAUAAGACGAUCCAGGACGCAUUUGAAGAGUUCCAGAAAGACAAGAACCGUCUGGAGGGACACGAGAAACAGGACGAUAUGAAGCUGUUCUUUAACACUCUGCCAAACGUUAAGCACGGAACCACCAGCUACAUCAUCAAGGCUGUCGUGAAAAACCUCCUCGACGGGGACAUCAAAGUGUCUAUGGAGGAGAUGUGUACCAUAGCCUGAGCCAAUAUGGCCUGAGACAAUAUGGCCUUGAGAAAAUAUUGCCUGAGACAAUAUAGUGUGAGACAAUACCGCCUGAGACCUAUAUGCAUAUGCCACUUUGCGCUAUCUGAUAUUAGGAAUAACGUAGUAUUGCCUCAAUUCUUUACCAAAAAUUAAUGCUUGAUUUUUCUGCUGAUCCGCGGAUCCAAUUGACCCUGGGCAGGCUUUUGUGAUUCAUGUAAAUUUGUACACAAAUGGGGAUGAAGAGGUAUGACUUACGCGGCAUAUUUCUGAAGCGGCCCGGGAACUGAUCUAAACCUCUCCACAUAAUACAUUGGCAGCAUUAUCCACAUAUUGCGCUUGUAGCAUUUUUGUAACGCGCGAUGUCAUUGGUUGCAGUUUCCCGAUCUUCCAAUCAAAAUCGGUCUUUGAAAAUGUGUUUGUUAUUGCUUUGCUGAUUCGUUUGCAAAUGACGUCGUUGUGAAGACAUAAACGGUUAUCGAAAGAAUGAACGACUUUUAUCGAAUCUCGGCUAUUUAAAAAUCAUUGAAUAACAAAUUGAAAUUGGAAUUCAUAGAACAAAGGAUGUACAUAAAGAAGAAAGCAAUACCAGUUUCCGAAAGGGUAAGGCAACCAUCCUGGUAACCCGGUAGUCGGAUGCGUCUUCCAUCAUUCAUGUGAACAAAUCUUGAACUACGGAUCUUGUGGUUAUUUGUCUUUAAUUGAACACUAUAAAAGUGCUGACAAUAUUGUGAAAGUAAACCGUUUGCCAGCUUCUUGUACAGGCAUCGAGAAAAAAUUGGGGAAAGUAAAUGUAUUCACUCCAAUUAAUACCAUGAAUUAAUACGAUAUUGUCCACUUUUAUAGAUUUGUUCAUGCAAAGAAGUCUUUACUUAACAAAAAUUCAGUCUGGGCGGAAAGUGUCGUCCGUGAUUAGCCUGUGCGGACUGCACAGACUUAUAUGGGACGAAACUUUACGGCCAUGCAUUAAGCCCGGUUUUUCCAGAGCAAGGACCAUUUAUAAGUAUUUUUAAUAUGAUGCCUGGUCCAUGAAAUAUGUUUGUCUUUGUGCCACAUCGUUUGUUUAUAACAAAACGUUGUCACCUGUGUUUCAAGUAUACAGAUAUGUUUUGACUUUAUUGUUGAAUUGUUGUUAUCUAUUUACACGUGAUCCGUUGUGCGUUGAUUUAGUUAACCUAUAUUAAAACACUUAACAAAUAA